CAUCUGUAAAUUUGGCAUUUAAUUGAUGGGCCACCGUCUUCAUCUUCUAUCCCCAGGCCCAGGCUCGUCCUCGUUGCUUUGCAUCUGCUUGCUUUCCUUCUUCUCUGAUCCACUAUUCACUUCCCUUGCAAACCAACAGACAUGGCCGGGGCUGUAGCAGGAGGAGGAGCACUUCUCUCGGCUUCUCUCCAAGUUCUAUUUGAUCGGAUGGCUUCUCGUGACGUCCUCACCGUCCUCCAGGGACAGAAACUCAGUGCUACGCUCCUAAGGGAGUUGAAGAUGAAAUUGCUGGCAGUUAAGGUAGUGCUGAAUGACGCCGAGGCCAAGCAAAUCACGAAUUCAGAUGUCAAAGAUUGGGUGGAUGAGCUGAAAGAUGCUGUGUAUGAUGCGGAGGACCUGCUGGAUGAUAUCACCACUGAAGCUUUACGAUGCAAGAUGGAGUCUGAUUCUCAAACUCAGGUACGGAACAUCAUCUCCGGUGAGGGUAUCAUGUCCAGGGUAGAGAAGAUCACUGGCACACUAGAAAAUCUUGCAAAAGAAAAAGAUUUUCUCGGGUUGAAAGAAGGCGUUGGAGAAAAUUGGUCAAAAAGAUGGCCAACCACUUCCUUGGUAGAUAAGUCUGGGGUGUACGGUAGGGAUGGUGAUAAAGAGGAGAUAGUAAAAUAUUUGUUGUCCCAUAAUGCAAGUGGGAAUAAGAUAAGUGUGAUCGCGCUGGUGGGUAUGGGCGGUAUUGGGAAGACCACACUUGCUAAGCUGGUGUAUAAUGAUUGGAGGGUGGUGGAAUUUUUUGACCUUAAAGCAUGGGUUUGUGUUUCAAAUGAAUUUGAUCUUGUCAGGAUAACGAAAACCAUUCUUAAGGCAAUCGAUUCUGGGACUUCUGAUCACAAUGAUUUGAAUCUGCUUCAACAUAAAUUGGAGGAGAGACUUACCAGGAAGAAAUUCUUACUUGUCCUUGAUGAUGUUUGGAAUGAAGACUAUAAUGAUUGGGAUUCGCUACAAACUCCAUUCAAUGUUGGUCUAUAUGGAAGUAAAAUUGUUGUAACUACACGUAUCAAUAAGGUUGCAGCAGUCAUGCAUUCAGUUCAUACUCAUCAUUUGGCAAAGUUAUCCUCUGAAGAUUGCUGGUCCCUAUUUGCAAAACAUGCAUUUGAAAAUGGAAAUUCUAGUCCACAUCCAAAGCUAGAAGAAAUUGGCAAAGAGAUUGUAAAAAAGUGUGAUGGAUUGCCUUUAGCUGCAAAAACCCUUGGGGGUGCCUUAUACUCAGAGGUUCGAGUAAAAGAAUGGGAAAAUGUAUUGAACAGUGAAAUGUGGGAUUUACCAAAUAAUGCAGUUCUUCCUGCCUUAAUCUUGAGCUACUAUUAUCUUCCUUCACAUCUAAAACGAUGUUUUGCAUAUUGUUCUAUUUUUCCUAAAGACUACCAAAUUGAGAAGGAUAACUUGAUUUUAUUGUGGAUGGCAGAAGGGUUUUUGCAACAAUCAGAAAAAGGCAAGAAAACAAUGGAAGAGGUAGGUGAUGGGUACUUUUAUGACCUAUUAUCAAGGUCAUUUUUUCAAAAGUCCGGUAGCCACAAAUCCUAUUUUGUAAUGCAUGAUCUCAUCAAUGAUUUGGCUCAACUUAUUUCCGGAAAAGUUUGUGUUCAGUUGAAUGAUGGUGAGAUGAAUGAAAUUCCUGAAAAGCUUCGCCACUUAUCAUAUUUUAGAAGUGAAUAUGACUCUUUUGAGAGAUUUGAGACCCUUAGUGAAGUUAAUGGUCUUCGGACCUUCUUACCAUUGAAUUUGGAGGUUUGGUCUCGUGAUGAUAAGGUUUCAAAGAAUAGAUAUCCAAGUGGUAGUAGGCUUGUUGUAGAGCUUCACUUGAGUACUAGAGUUUGGAAUGAUUUAUUGAUGAAAGUUCAAUAUUUACGAGUGUUGUCAUUGUGUUACUAUGAGAUAACGGAUUUGUCAGAUUCAAUUGGUAAUUUAGAACACUUACGCUAUUUGGACCUUACCUACACACCCAUCAAAAGGUUACCCGAAUCAAUUUGUAAUUUAUAUAAUUUACAAACAUUGAUAUUAUAUCAUUGUGAAUGGCUUGUUGAAUUGCCUAAAAUGAUGUGCAAAUUGAUUAGCUUACGUCAUCUUGAUAUCAGGCAUAGCAGAGUGAAGGAGAUGCCAAGUCAAAUGGGUCAAUUAAAAAGUUUACAAAAAUUGAGUAACUAUGUAGUGGGCAAGCAAAGUGGGACAAGGGUUGGAGAGUUGAGGGAGCUUUCCCACAUUGGUGGGAGUCUUGUCAUUCAAGAGCUGCAGAAUGUAGUUGAUGCUAAGGAUGCCUUAGAGGCCAAUUUGGCAGGCAUGCGGUACCUGGAUGAGUUAGAGUUGGAAUGGGGUCAUGAUAGAGGUGAUGAGUUAGAGUUGGAAGGAAAUGACGAUAGUAGUGAUGAGUUAGAGUUGGAAGGGAAUGGCGAUAGUGGUGAUGAGGAAGGGAAUGACGAUAGUAGUGAUGAGUUAGAGUUGGAAGGGAAUGAUGAUAGUGGUGAUGAGGAAGGGAAUGACGAUAGUAGUGAUGAGUUAGAGUUGGAACAGAAUGACGAUAGUGGUGUUGAACAAAAUGGAGCAGACAUAGUGCUCAACUACUUACAACCUCAUUCAAACUUAAAGAGACUCACUAUUCAUAUGUAUGGUGGUUCAAGAUUUCCAGAUUGGUUAGGAGGUCCUUCAAUUCUAAAUAUGGUGUCCCUACGUCUCUGGGGUUGUACCAAUGUGUCAGCUUUCCCACCGCUUGGGCAGUUACCCUCUCUUAAACAUUUACAUAUAUGGCGUUUGCAGGGGAUAGAAAGGGUGGGUGCUGAGUUUUAUGGGACUGAUUCUUCCUCAACUAAGCCCUCCUUUGUAUCCCUAAAAUCUCUAUCAUUUCAGGGUAUGCGAAAAUGGAAGGAAUGGUUGUGUUUAGGAGGUCAAGGUGGAGAAUUCCCUAGUCUCAAGGAGCUUUAUAUAGAGAGGUGUCCCAAGCUAAUAGGAGCCUUACCAAACCAUCUGCCUUUGUUAACGAAACUAGAGAUUGUACAAUGUGAGCAGCUUGUGGCUCAACUUCCAAGAAUUCCAGCCAUCCGUGUAUUGACGACGCGCAGCUGUGACAUCUCACAGUGGAAGGAACUACCACCACUACUGCAGGAUCUCGAAAUUCAAAAUUCCGACUCUUUGGAGUCCCUACUGGAGGAGGGAAUGUUGCGAAGUAAUACUUGUCUUCGAGAGUUGACAAUCAGAAAUUGUUCUUUUUCCAGACCCUUGGGCAGAGUUUGUUUACCCAUUACUUUGAAAUCAUUGUAUAUAGAACUGUCUAAGAAACUUGAGUUUCUCUUACCUGUGUUCUUCCAAUGUUACCACCCUUUCCUUGAAUGGUUGUACAUCUCCAACGGUACUUGCAAUUCGUUCUUAUCCCUCCCACUUGGCAACUUCCCGAGGGGCGUCUAUCUCGGUAUCCACUAUCUCGAGGGGCUUGAAUUCCUCUCCAUUUCAAUGUCAGACGAGGAUCUUACAUCUUUCAAUCUGUUGUACAUCUGUGGGUGCCCUAAUCUUGUGUCUAUUUGUUGCAAGAAUCUCAAAGCUGCAUGCUUUCAAUCGUUGACAUUACAUGAUUGCCCGAAAUUGAUAUUCCCAAUGCAGGGUCUUCCCUCCAGCUUAACUUCACUCACAAUUACAAACUGCAACAAACUCACAUCCCAAGUGGAGUUGGGUCUACAGGGACUUCACUCUCUUACCUCUCUCAAAAUCUCAGAUCUUCCAAAUCUCAGGUCUCUUGAUAGUUUGGAGCUUCAACUGCUCACCUCUCUUCAAAAAUUACAGAUCUGUAACUGCCCCAAGCUCCAAUCCUUGACAGAAGAGCAGCUGCCCACCAACCUUUAUGUUCUAACAAUCCAGAACUGCCCAUUGCUAAAAGAUAGGUGCAAGUUUUGGACAGGGGAAGAUUGGCAUCAUAUAGCUCACAUUCCACACAUUGUGAUCGAUGACCAAGUUUUGUAAUGAAGGUGGCAUUACACCAAUUUAUAGUCAGGUCAUCUGUGAUGCUUCACUCUGGCUCUGAUCAACAUAUCUUCAUAAGGAAUCCUUUAUGACUCCCUUGCUUAAUUGGUGCCUUGUCAAAUGCUUCAGAUUUCAUUUAGAGUGAAUUGUUGCUUAAAAGCCAAGCAGCUCUGCAGGCCUUCGAUCCUCGUUCUCUCAACAAAUUCUAGCUGUCUAGCAAUGAUUUCCAAUGGGACCAUUCUUUUGUUCUGAGUUGAGAUUCAUGACUCUGUUUUUGGACGAUUUUUUGCAUCCAAAGACUCAUGAGUUGAUACCCUGCUGGAGGAACAACGGAAGCUCAAGUCUGUUGGAGAGUGGAGUAUGCAGCAGGCUCUAUGAUUCCAAUUAGUGAGACAUUUCAAUUGAUUUGGUUUAACUAAGCUACAAAUUACAAUAUUCAUAAUCUCAUAUGUAUUAUCUUUUAGGUUCUUUGAGGCCGCAUCUGCAUUGAUAUCUUAGUUCUUCUCUAAAAACAACAGAUGUUCAAUUUAGGCAACUCAAACUCAAAAUCUUCAUCUUCUGGCAUGCCAUCUCCUUCUCAUUUACAUGAUUGUCAUCCACCUUUGAGCUUUACUUUGUUAAUGGUGGAGUGGGACCUGCAAGGACUGGCCUCUCUUCCCUCUCUCAAAAUCUCAGGUCUUCCAAAUCUCAGGUCCCUGAAUAGUUUGGGGCUUCAACUGCUCACCUCUCUCCAAAAAUUAGAGAUCCAUGACUGCCCCAAGCUCCAAUCCUUGACGGAAGAGCUGCUGCCCACCUCCCUUUCUGUUCUAACAAUCCAGAACUGCCCAUUGCUGAAAGGUCAGUGCAAGUUUUGGACAGGGGAAGAUUGGCAUCAUAUAGCUCACAUUCCAUAUGUUGUGACCAAUGACCAAGUUCAGUAAUGAAGGUUAUUAGUGAUUCUUCACUCUUGUAAAUUGAUGCUUCAUAUCCUCAUAAGGAAUCUUCUUUUAAUCAAUAAUGCCUUGUCAAAUGCUUCAGUUCAGAUUUCAUCCAGAGUCAAUUGAUGCUAACUUAAAAGCCGAGCAGCUCUGCAGGUCUGAUUUAGUAACUUGCAUUUCUUGUAUAAUUUUAUGGACCUUGGAUUCGUUUUCAUUGGCUAAUUCACCGAAACUCAUGGAAGGCCUUUGAUCCUAGUUUUCUCAAUAAAUUCAAGCUAUCUAGCAACAAUCCUUCCAAUGGGACCACUUCUUAUUGUGAGUUCAAAGACUCCCUUUCUGGAAGAUUGUAGCAGAUAUUUUUUAGCAUCCAAAGGCUCAUGAUUGGUGCUCUGCCUGAGGAACUAGAGAAAGCUCAACUCUGUUGGAGAGUGGAGUAUGCAGCAUGCUCUAUGAUUCCAAUUAGUUCUCUGUGUUAAUAUCUGGGUUCUUCUCUAGAAACAACAGGUAUGUUUCUUCUGAUUCAUACUUUCAAUAAGCUAACACAUUGUGGAGUUCCAUCAUUUUCAAGACACAAUAAACCAAAUUGUAAAGUCAACUCAAGCUAAAAUAAAACUCUUACUACCUGAGGUUCUGCCCUUAAUAAUUUUAUUCACCAUGUUCGUAUGACAUCUGAGCAAUGUAGAUGUUAACAUUUUCCUUAGUGCAUGUAAUCAUUGUUUUCAUCUCUUUCAGCUUUAAUUAAUCUGUAGAUGUUCAGUUUAGACACCUCAAACUCAAAAUCUUCAGCUUCUGGCAGGCCACCACUUCCUAGUCUUUGCUCAUUUCCUUCCCAUUUAAUUACUGUCAUUAACCUUUGAUUUUUUUACGUCACUAAUAGGAAAAGAAUCAUAAUUGUACUACAUUAGUUGAGCAUGGAUGCUACCGUUUAAUUUCCAUAUUCAAGCUUUUCUUGUACUUACAAACAAUAAUGCGAGCUCUGAAUUUUCUUCUUUUAAAUUUGUGAUUCUGAGGCAGAUACUUGGAGAAGAGAGAAGCCAAACCACAUUCAAAGUCAUAGCAAUGCUACUCAACUAAAUUCUAUAUAUUGGAGCACGAUUUGAGCUUUUCUUCCUUACUCAAACGGUAGCAUUUUGAAUCCUUGGAACAGUUGCAGGAGGAAGCUUUGCCAAAGCCUCCCUAUGCAAUACAUGGGCCUUUGGUUGCAAAUGAGAUUUGAGGAUUCUAUUUUCUCUUAGAAGACUUCAACUCAUUUUUUUUGAGUUUUUUAGCUUUGAGCUUUUACUUCCAAGUCUGUGCAAAGAAGAAAGAAAGCAACAACAACGAUCCAUUUAUAGAAGUUUUAUAUAGAGUGAGACUCCCAUGAAAAAUAUUGUAGCUAUUGGUUUGUCCACCUUGAAGGUUAUAGUUUUGUUUCCCAUUGGAUCUUUGAGGAAUGUGUCUGUUGAAUCAUAUAUUUUGAACUUACUAUUGACUUUGUGUAUAUACAUACAUGUAAAUGAUGUUUUCUUUUUCAUUCA